AGUUGUGUUUGAUUGUUCACCGCAGUCGAGUGAUGGCAAAGAAGGACCGAAAGGUUGAGAAGAGACGUGCCAAAGCCGCGGCUAAAGCAGCAGCUGUCGAUGGGCAAAAGGAAGCAGACAAGCCGGCUGAGUACGUCGGUGGUCGCCCUACUCGAGAGGUGCUGGGGUUUGUGAGUCGGUCUGGUCCAGACGCUCCUCGAAAUCGGACACAGAAUAUGGACAUUGAGGUCACUGAUAUCAACAUGUUCGCGGGUCGUCAACAGCUCUUGAGUGGAGCCACGCUGCGGUUGGCCGAUGGUUUUAAGUACGGUUUGGUUGGCCGUAAUGGUGUGGGGAAGUCUACUUUGCUGAGAGCGGUGGCUGAACAGGAAAUUCAGAUUCCCGACUUCAUUUUCGUCAUGCACGUCGAACAGGAAAUCGCGGGAGAUGACACUCCUGUCUUGCAAGCAGUGUUACAGGCGGAUAAGGAGAGGGAAUGGCUGCUCGGGGCUGAGAAGAUGCUCCUCAAUACUGAGGUGAAGGAAGGUCAAACUGAACAGCCAACGUACAUGGGCAUAGACCUUAUGGAAGUCUACGAACGGCUCGACGAGUUGGACAGUGAGAACGCGGAGGCUCGAGCGGCUACUAUAUUGGCGGGUUUGGGGUUCGAUGCUGAAGCUCAGUCGAGGCCGACGAAGGAGUACUCUGGUGGAUGGAGGAUGCGUAUUGCCUUGGCACAGGCACUGUUCAUGACGCCCGACUUGCUUCUGUUGGACGAGCCGACGAACCAUUUAGAUGUGCCGGCUUUGACGUGGUUGGAGGAGUUCCUGGCCUCUUGGGAGAAGACUGUCAUUAUAGUCAGUCACGAUAGAGGCUUUCUCAAUCAGACGACUUCGCAUACUAUAUUCCAGCAUCGAAAGCGAUUGUGGUACUAUGGUGGUAGUUACGACACUUUCCUGAGGGUCCGAGCGGAGCACAGGGCGAAUCAGGUUGGUUGCUGUGUUGAUCUCUAUGCGAUGGAAUGUGUGUUCAGGCGGUUCGGGCACGGUAAUAAGAAGAUGGCCCGACAGGCCCAAAGCCGUAUGAAGAUGCUUUCGAAGCUCCAGGAUGAAGCUGUGGAAGUUGAUUAUGACGACCCGUACCUGCAGCUCAACUUCCCCGCUGCUGCUCCUUUGCCACCGCCUUGUAUAUCGGUACUUGAUGCUUCGUUCGGUUACACUCCUGAGAGGCCACUUUAUAAGCACCUCAACUUCGGUGUUGACUGUGAUAGUAGAGUGGCCAUUGUAGGGCCGAAUGGAGCCGGUAAGUCUACUUUUCUCAAGCUUCUGGAUGGGUCACUGGACCCCACCGAUGGAGCUGUACGGAGGCACGCCAAGCUUUCCAUUGCCCGGUUCACUCAGCAUCACGUUGAUGCACUAGACUUGUCUGUUAAUGCAGUCACUACUAUGCGGAGAGUGGACCCCGAGAUCUCCAUUGAGAACUGCCGGAAAUAUCUGGGUCACUUCGGUCUAGCUGGCGACUUGGCCCUGCAGCCUAUCGAGACGCUGAGUGGAGGUCAGAAGUCUCGAGUCAUCUUUGCCCAAAUCGCCUAUAAGCACCCUCACCUGCUGCUUAUGGAUGAGCCCACGAACCAUUUAGAUUUGGAGACUAUUGAAGGCCUUGCCCUCGCCCUGAAUAGGUUCGAAGGUGGUGUCGUUCUGGUAUCCCACGACGAGCGUCUGGUAAGCAUGGUAGCUGAUGAGCUGUGGGUGGUCAUGCCUGGCAAGAAGGAUGCCUCGUCCAAAACUGGUUGGAGACCUGGUAGUGUUACUGUUUUCGAAGGGACCUUUGAGGACUAUGUCGAUAUGCUCAAGGACGAGUUUGCGAAGAAGCAGCUUAUCGGCGGUGGUCGCAUCAAAACUCUGCGAGAGUGAAGGCCCCUCAACAACGUUCAUUGUUAAUAAUAAUAAUACUCAUUAUGAUUCUACUGCGAAUGCGUGCCUUCGCCUACCGCUAAUGCGAUACGUUAUUGGCACUAUGGCGUUGGUUACGGCAUACACCGAAAAAGUAGUUCAACGUUCCUCCU